GGCAUUCGCUGAGCACCAGGGAGACAACCCAGGCAGGCAGGAUAUGUGGCUGUUUCUAGUUCUGUUCCUUCCCAUCGUCCAAGGCUCAUAUCCCCUCAGGGCGGUGUCAAAUGCAGUCAGUGGCCCUCUGCGGGGCUCACUGAUCGUGCAAUGUCGCUAUGAUCCUGGGUGGGAGACCUACAAGAAGUGGUGGUGUCGAGGAGCCGAGUGGAGUAACUGUCGUAUCCUUGUUAUAACCAAUGGAUCAGAAGAGAAAGCAAAGAGUAACCAAGUGUCCAUCAAGGACAAUCGGAAACUGCACACAUUCACUGUGACCAUGGAGGAGCUCAGGUGGAACGAUGCAGACACCUAUUGGUGUGGGAUUGAGAAAUCUGGAACUGACCUUGGGGUUGAAGUCAAAGUGACCAUUGACCCAGUGACCAUGCAGUGUCACUAUGGCCCAGGGUGGGAGACCUACGUGAAGUCCUGGUGUCAAGAUGCUGAUUUGAAUAGCUGCAACAUCCUUGUUCAAACCUCUGGAUUAGAGCUGAAGAAGAACCAUGUGUCCAUCAAUCAAAAAAAGCACACAUUCUCCAUGACCAUAUGGGGGGAGUAAAACAACUUUUGAGAAAAAUGAGCUAUUGUUUUUCUGAGUUGCUCCCAGGCAUUUAACAGGAUGGCAACCCUGCUUACACCCGAAAUCUGGAAAUUUAGAUAAGGACCCAAGCUUAGAAUUCUUCCAUAAGUUCUUACUUUGCUUUUCCUGGGGGCACUUUUUAA